ACUUCGGCCGCUUGCUUGCACUCCCCACGCCCCCUCGUGUCGUACUUACGUGCCCAGUUGCGUGUGGUGCUGCGCGCGUCGUAGAACGCCUGUGCAGCCAACGAUCCACGACAUCGCCGUGUGCGUGUGCGCCGUUUGGUUGCGGGUCUAACCUGUCUGCGUAGAGAUGGAGAUAGGUGGGUUCGAGGCGGGUUGGGUAGGUAGGUAGGUAGACAGGUAGGUAGACAGGUAGUAUGCCCGUCCGCCUGCAUGCCCGCCAUUGCGCUCGAAUCGUCCCGAGUCCAUGAUGCCCCUCGCCUCGCACCAACGAACCAACCCAGCCGACCGUCCGUCAUGCAGGUCGCUCCGCCGCACGGCACUGGACGACCAGGGGACAGGGGUGGGCGGCGAAGGAGGCGGAGGGGGAAUGUUGGUUCGUGGAAAGCAGAAAUUAGAAAAGAAACGAAAAAAAAAGGAAAUAGAACGAGCGGAAGACGAGGGACAUGGGAUGGUUUCGGGCAAUUAACCCACUUAGCCCUGUCAGAGCUACACGAGCGCGCCCUCCAUCGUGUGUGUCGAUCCGUUAUACCUAAAUGCGUCUGGCAAGGCGUCGAUCCGCCGACAUCUACCACGUCUCCGACUACCGACGCCCACAGGAAACCAAAACCAAAUCCACCUUCUCCGUUGGGCAACUUGUUGUUGUUCUUGUUACGUCCAACGCCCCCCCGUCCCUCCUCAUCUCAACUUAUAAAGGAGCCCUCCUACCCCUCGUGCAUCUUCCGAGACGACCUGCUUCCGUUAGUUAAGACAGCCACUACGGAAAUAGGUAAUAAUAUCUCCUUAGGACACGAUCCAAUCCCUGGCUCGCCCGCACGACGCAGGAUCCCGUCUCCGUCCGCUCGCUCCCUUUAUACAUCUACAUAUACCCACCCGGCCUUACUUUCGUGUCAACGCUCAUCCGUCUAUACACCCUACCUACUCACUUAUACACAUUAUCCUCACCCACGCCACUAGACGGGGGAAACACAAGAAGAGGAACAGGAAUAGGCCAACAAGAAAGGAAAGAAACUCGAAAAGGAACCGAAAAAAGCCGGAGUCGUAAUUACCACCACGAUGGCGCCCAUCCGCCUUCUCGCGCUGCCGGCCCUCGCCGCCGCCGCCGCCGCCCUCAACCUCGCCGAGUACGUGCCGUCCUGCGGCCAGCCGUGCCUCACC